CUCUCCCUUUCGACAGCAGACAGCAGACAGCAGACAACCGGGUGUGCGCGCAACUGGCUCGUGAAACGGCUCGGCUAGGUGCAAUGGCUGGGCGUCACUCGGCCGCACGACUGUCACGAUGCAUUUCCUCGCGAUACCUGCCAGGAGCCCGUAGCUCCGUCCGCCACUUCCAGAGCAGUGUCCCUGCAUGCGCUGAGCAAUCCCAGCCGCUCUAUCCGUCUGUCGCCCAGCUCAUCCGUGAGAACAACAUCCCGGAAUCCGACAUAUCCAAAAUUCCCGCAACUGGACCCAAGGGGCGGCUCCUCAAAGGCGAUGUGCUCUCCUACAUCGGCGCCAUCCCAUCCGACUACCCAUCAAGCCUCUCUUCCAAACUCUCCGAACGCGCACAGCUUGACCUGAGCAACAUCCGGCCCGCAGAGUCGUCGCCGCCAUCACAACAGCAACAACCCCCAACAGCAUCCCAAGCGGACCAGCGCAGGCCAUCAGAAGCCCCAGCGGCCAUCUCGCCGGAACCAAUCCCCGCAGAACCCUUCGAAACCAACCUCGCCCUCCCGAUCUCCCUGUCCCGCGUCCUCCGCGUCCAAAAAAGAGUCCGCUCCGCCAUCGGAGUGACCAUCCCUCUUUCGACAUUCAUCGCCCGCGCAACGGACAUCGCGAAUGACGAGCUGCCCUCCACGCGCACCCGCACCCGUCAGGAGAUCGCCGACCAGCUGUUCGCCGAGGUAAUCGGCAUCCGAAGCUCCGCGGCUGACGAUCUCCCUGCAACGUCGAGAGGAGACUAUUUCCCGGACAUCAUCUCGGCGGCAGAGCUUGACUCUGCGGCCGAAGAACCCACCGCCCCCGCAGCGGAUAUAAUCGACAUUCUCUCCGGAAAAGCACCCGCUUCUAAUGGCGCUCGUCGCUCGCGGACGGCAGCAGAGAGACCAGUGACCGAGAGCGACUAUAAGUCAAGCGUGUUCAGCCUUACUGUCCCUGCAUCCGAGAGGCUCAGGGGCCAAGCUUUCUUGGAGCGGAUGCAGGCUGUUCUGGAGGAUGAGCCGGAAAAGCUGGUUGUCCUAUAAAAGAAAAUUUCCUACGAUUUUACCCUUCUUUUGAUAAAAACAUCUUGCUUCUCCCCGGCCGUUGACCUUUGGGUUUCUUUUUUUUUUUUCUUUUUUCCCUCCUUUUGCGUCAGCCUCAGACAUGACCCUGCCAGCUUUUCCAUGUAUUAUCCCUUAAGUAUUAUUUUUUCUUCUAGACUUUGUGUAUGAACUUUCCUCAAAUUACCGCUGUUAGCCUUUUGGAGAGGAAGAACAACAACAAAAAAAAGAAAAAAAACUGUGCGAGUAUCGUCUACCUGUAUUCUAUCGACCAAAACUAGAAUGGCAAGGAAAAGGAUUUACGGAAAGUUUUUAA